CUCAGCGCUGUGUGUAAGGCAGAUGCAGCAGCAGCUCGUGGAGCUUCAGUCGGAUUCACAGAUCUAAAUCAUCUGACCGUCGCGCACUUUCUCAUCAGAUGAGUUUCUGUUUCCAGCGCUCUGAGUUAGGAAGCUGGAGGACUAGUUUAGCUGAGUUAGGCAGCUGAAGGACUAGUUUAGCUGAGUUAGGAAGCUGGAGGACUAGUUUAGCUAAGUUAAGCAGCUGGAGGACUAGUUUAGUUCAGUGAUGUCCAGGUCGCGCGCGCAGCGGUCAGGUUGUGUGAUCAUGUGAAGGUGAUUAUCAGCGGAGGAUCGAGGAUCGAGCUGCGGGAGGAUGAAUGUAUUUCUCCGGCUCGGAUUCUCAUUUCUGCUGCUCUUCUGCGCGCCUGUUUCUGCUCAAGAUUCAGCAUGUGGAGCUUGAUGUCAUCACGGCUUCUGUGAGCAGUCUGGAGAAUGCAGAGGUUCACCGGUGUUCAUCAAAGCUCUGCUCAGGAAACUCUACCUGUGUGCAGACCAGAGGAGGAGGACACGUCUGUCUCUGUUCUCCUGGACACACCGGGGAAAACUGUGAGCUGAAGACAGGAGCGUGUUCAGAGAAGAGCUCUCUCUGUCAGAACGGAGGAACCUGUGUGAACACGAGUGACUCUUGUCUCUGUGCUCCUGGAUUCACCGGCUCGUCCUGUGAGCUCCACCUCAGCCGGCUCAAGCACAGACCCCGGGUGAAGGUGUCAGGUCACACUUUCCACAAGCUGCAGCGUCCGGUCGAGUCUGAUCCACUGGUCACCCGCAGCCAGAUCAUCUGCUUCUCUGUCCUGGGUCUCCUCACCUGUCUGGUGAUCCUGGUCACGUCGGGCAUCGUCUUCUUCUCCCGCUGUGAGACGUGGAUGGCCAACACUAAAUACAGCCAGCUGGUGCGACAGCAGAGAGAUCAGCUCCUGAGAGCAUCUGACCUCGAGCAGCGUUCACUCAACAUCAUCCUGCCGGAGAACAUCAGGAUGAGCAACUACAGCAGGCUUUACACGUCUAUAUGAAGCUGACGCGUGACCGAGAGCUGAGGUGCUUUACACAGAGAGAACAUGAGACACAGCUGCGGUAUUUCAGGGUUUUUAAGAUGUACAGCGAACCACACACACACAGAAAUACAUGGUUUCUAGUUAACUCUAGUUACACUCAGUGUUUGAGUUCAGUGACUAGUUCAUGGUUAAAGCUGCAUCAACAGAUUCACCUUAUCUUCAUGUUUUCAUCACCUGAGCGUUUCAUUUUCAUGCACAUAUUUACAUGUGAACAAAUGAUUAAUGUAGCACUAAAUAAACCAUUGUUUUCAGCUCCAUGAACAAUGCAGAUUAUUCAUAUUUCUGAUUGCUCAUGCUGUCUGGACGGAUAUGGGUUUGCCUCUUUUUAACUAGCGCUUUCAUUCCUCACUGAUGGAUGUUUGUUCUUGUUUAAAAGCAUCAUUUUAUUCAAUUUAUAAAACAUUUUGCAUUUGCAAUAAAUUCAUGUUGAUUUAAGAAUAUUUAGAUAUUUAGUCAUUCAGCAGAAGCUUUUGUCCAGAUCAGGACGAUGGAAGCAAUGGAAAUCAACAAAAGAGCAAUGAUUCGCAGAUAUUUCUACUGGAAAACAGAAAUACACAAGCGAUAUUCUUUUUUGCAGUGUAUAUAACAUUUAAUGGCACAUUUUUUUGAGGCGUUCAUUUGUGGAAAGACGAAGAGUUUUUCAGACCCACAGAAACUUGUUUUCUUUUUAAAUGAAGUUGUUUUUUCUGAACUCAUUGUUAGAUAUUAACUAUCGUUUUAAACAUAAACGCUUCUUUUUUGAUCAUUUUCACAGAACACAAGACUUUAAUAUUCUUGAUCUUCUGUACAUCACAGACUAUAUCACCAUGCUGUGUCCAGGUCUGUUUAUUCCUCCUUCUUCUUCUUUUAUUUGGUCUCAGAAGGUCUUAUAAAAGAACAGAACUUCUUCCUCUACACUAGCUCAGAUUUCUGCUGAUUCUUGAGGUGUAUUGGUCAUGGAUGGAGGUGAAUGACCGCUCGUUUGUUCCUGGACUGUAGCUGGUCAGGGGACGGUGUUUGCUGCCAUCUUCCGGUCAGACUCGGAACAAGCUUCUCUUUCUCUGACUGUUUCCGUCUCACUCACCUCUGAACGCUUUUCAUUCGGAAUGAAAUAAAGCUGUUUGUCGUGUCUUCAUGAUGAAAUAUCCUCGAUGGAAGUGUGAGGUGAGUGAUGCUGAUCAUUGUGUGGAUAUAGAGAUAUAUAUCUCUGGUGUAACCCACUGAGGAUGUGUUUGUGUGGUUAGAAGCUGAAAUAUUAAGACUCGUGUUUAGGACAGCAGUGAUAUUAAAACACUGGCCAGAGAUGCAUCUCACAGUUAGUUAUAUGACUUGGUUUGUGAGAUCUAUCGACUAGAUUUCGCUUUCAGUCAGUCAUUUUCAUUCUGAACGUGUCUCGUUUUAUUUCGCGUAUUUUUUCAGUUUGAUGCCUGGUUUUGUAUCUCAUCAGUGUUUCCAGAGUCUUUCCGGUUUUAAUAGAGCUUGAUGAAGAUAUAGACCGAUAGAAAUGUUACACGCACUUCUUUAUAUUUUAAAAUGAAACAAUAUAGUAUUAGACAGUUACACCUUCGUGAGCCAUCAAUGUGAAUUUAUUUUAUUUAGACUAAUUAUAGAAUUACAGACUCCACAAAACUGCUGGUCCCUACAGCUAUGUACAGAUGGGAAGAUCAAAAACAGGGUUAUAAUAUUGCCGUUUAAAAUAUUGUGUUGAUAAUGAUCAAAUAUAUGAUGUAAAUGGCAUUUAAAACAAAACAGAAUAAAAUUCUAAAAUAUAUAAUGAAAGUAGUGUUCCCCUGGAGUCGAGUCACUGGUGUUUAACAAAAAGAGUUUCUUUUGAAAUAGACCCCCACUGAUGACAUCACUAGACUUAGAUCUCUGCAGAAAGGCCCGUCUCGUUUCAGUGAUCAGAAAUCUUCUGAUUUAUCUCAUGAUUUCACCUGAACUCACUGAUGUGAACUGCUUUAUUGUUAGGGAACUGUAAAACACUAAAAUACAAAUGGAUUACACGACUUAAUGUAGUGAGUAUACCAUGACUGACAGCAUGUGGUUAGAUUCCUUGCUACAGACAUACUGGAAAAUACAUGUUUCAUGAAACUUGUCACUCGUGUCACCACCUUUAACAGGUCAAUAAAUGCAUAAAAGAGACAACAAAAAACAACAACAAAAAUCCAGCUGUCAUUUAUGUGUAUUCAUAAAGUCAAAAGGUAAUCUAAUAAUGUGGACUAAGUUUAAAUGUUAGAAAAAUAAAAACAUUUUAUGACAUCUUGCCAUAUCAAAGGUGGACAUUUCUGUAGAAUUACCCUUCUAUAAAUAUAUAUUUGUCCAUUUUUUGGAAGUACAUUUUAGAAAUAUACAAAUAUUUUUAGUUAAUGAAUAGCCUUUAUUUUAAUCUCAGAAAAUAGAUUGAUAUGCCACAUUUGAAGGAAAACUUUAUUGUCUGGAGCACAUUUUAAAACAAAAUAAAUGAAGUCUGUAAGACUGGAAAUCUG